GCGUGGCAGUUAUUGUUGCAACUGCGGUAGCUUCAGUCAUUUCGCUUCGUUUGAUGCGGCUUUCAUUUUUGCUCCGCUCUUGGCCACACGAUUUUGGCAGCGCACUGUUGCCGUCUGUUCGAUGACUCCAGUCCCAAACGCGUUCACAAAUAGUAAACAAGCACACAUUCCUGAAUACAUAUUGCCUUAUGUGUGUAUGUAAUAAUGUGCAUGGUAUGUUGACUGCAUCCACGCAUGCAUAGCACACUACAUGCUAUAGUUCGUGCGCUCGGACGUCGCCAACGACAUCGUCAUCUUGUCGUUUAUGCGCGUUCGUGUUUGUUGAUUUGUUGGUUCUUCGGUUCGUUGGUUUGUUGGUGUAUUUUUUCGCUUGAGAGCUCAUUAACGUUUCGCUUCGCUAAGUGCGCUGUAUCGCCUGGGAGACAGCAACGCGUUAGCCCAAGUAAACCGGCCAGCACCAAGGGAAGUUAAGCCAAACCAAGUCAAAUAGCCAAAAUCAAAAUUCAUCAAGCUGUGAAAAACGCUCGAACUUAUAAUUUUUGCUAAAGUUUUUCUUCACCCGUGUCUAUGCGCGCGUAAUAUAGCUUCAUGUGCAGGUGUUUGGCUGUGUGUAAGUCUUUGAAAUAAUGUAUCUGAUUGUCAAAAACCACUAAAAUUUCACUCUUCACUUGGAAAUUAGUGAACUAUAUAUGCAAAUGGAAAUGAAAAAUUCCAUUAAAAAAGAAGAAAAACAAAAUCUAGAAGAAUGUGACAAGUAAUUCAAUUUAAAGUUCAAUGUUAAUUAAAAGUGAAAUUUCUGCAAUUCUGCCGGACACAACGCGGAAAAAGAUACCUAAGCUUAUAUAAAGAGUGAAAAUUGUGUGUAAAAAGUACCCACCGUUAUAUACAUAUGUAUAUGUACAUAGGAUUUAUUUUAAAAGUUAUCAACGCCUAAAGAAAAUAUUUCCAUCGAAAAGCUCACAAAGUAAUUGUGCACCAAGUUAUAUAUACAUAGCUACGGCAUUUCACUUAUGUCAACCUUAAAUAUUGUGUAUAUGUGAAAUAAAUAAUAUUUGUUUACUAUUUUUGAAAUUGCCGAAACGAAAUAACAGGAAUUAAGUAUAAUUCUAAAUAAAUGUAAAUACAAUGAAUACUGAGAAAUAAUAAUUGAUAACAAUAUAUACGUAUACAAGUGUGUGUUAAAUAACGAAAUAAUGCAAAAACUAUACAAAUAGCAUUUCCGAAAUGCAAACAUAACGAAUACAAAUAAAACAAGAAUUGAUUAAUACACAUUUUAAAUUAAUGUAUUUAAUAGAACAGUGAGCUAUCAUUUCAACAAAAAUCUGUUUGAAAAAAGUUUGGAGAAAACUUACAAAGAAAUUUUUAAAAAUAAAACACCAAAAUCAAAACUUACAAAUUGAAAAUUAAGAAACAACGAUAAUUUCUUCUUUGCUACGAGUAUGUGUUAAUAAAAAACAUGGCCAAUUGAAAAAAAAAAACAUGUCAAUACCAAUUAGCAAGCUCGCAUUAAAUUAAUCAUUUUGUGGUUCUUAACUACAUUUCCCUUAAUUGUUAUUCACACUCUCACACGAAAUAUAAACAAAAAUAAAAAACUUCCGAUGAUGAUGCUAACUACAGAGCACCUCAUGCAUGGCCAUGCAUCGUCGGUCAGCCAGAGCGCACUCUUUGGUUGCUCGACAGCAGGACAUAGCGGCAUCAAUCAGCUUGGUGGCGUCUAUGUCAACGGACGACCGCUGCCAGAUUCGACACGUCAGAAAAUCGUCGAGUUAGCGCAUUCUGGUGCGCGUCCCUGUGAUAUAUCGCGCAUUCUGCAAGUGUCCAACGGAUGCGUUAGCAAAAUUCUGGGCAGAUAUUACGAGACGGGUUCCAUUAAGCCACGGGCGAUAGGUGGUUCCAAGCCACGUGUUGCUACAACGCCUGUCGUACAAAAAAUCGCCGAUUACAAGCGCGAGUGUCCGAGCAUUUUCGCGUGGGAAAUCAGAGAUCGAUUAUUGUCGGAGCAAGUUUGCAACAGUGAUAAUAUACCAAGCGUUUCCUCAAUAAAUCGUGUUCUACGAAAUUUGGCUUCACAAAAAGAGCAGCAGGCGCAACAACAAAACGAAUCGGUAUACGAAAAGCUACGUAUGUUCAAUGGACAAUCAGGAGGCUGGGCUUGGUACCCCGGUAAUACAACACCCGCCCACUUGACCUUACCACCCACGCCGACAGCAACGAAUUUAACGGGGCAAAUAGUGCGCGAUGAUUUACCAAAACGCGAUCUAUUCUCUGGUGAAGCAUCACAUCCAAAUUCGCAUGAAAGCACUUCCGACGGCAAUUCGGAUCACAAUUCAUCUGGUGAUGAGGACUCCCAAAUGAGAUUGCGACUUAAACGAAAACUACAACGAAAUCGUACUUCAUUUACAAACGACCAAAUCGACAGCCUGGAAAAAGAAUUCGAGAGAACCCAUUAUCCAGAUGUGUUUGCACGUGAAAGGCUUGCUGAAAAAAUUGGUUUACCCGAGGCACGUAUUCAGGUUUGGUUUUCGAACCGACGGGCCAAAUGGCGACGCGAAGAAAAACUGCGCACGCAACGGCGCUCCGUAGAUCAUGUCAGCAAUAAUGGCGGUUCUAUCGGUGGUCGAUCGAGUACCGGCAAUUCUGCUGCAAUUGCUGCCGCUGCCGUGGUUAGCAACCACAGUGUAUCCGGUGUAAAUGGAGUUAGCGGUGCCGGUGUUGGCGGUGGUGCAGCUGCCGACAUCAAUUCCGCUCCCAACAACGGUAGUGCCGCCGAAGGUUCUAACGGCGGUGGAACGAGCACUUCAGCCGCGGCGGCAUUACCGGGAACAAGUGGUGGUGGUGGAGCAGCCAUUUCAACGCUCGGUGAUGCAACAGCCGCAGCCGCGGCAGCUACAGUAGUUAAUGUUGGUGGACAUGGCAGCUCAGUAAGUCCGCCGUUACAAUCCGUUGCACCCCGCCUUCCACUAAACACUGGUUUCAACACGAUGUAUUCAUCAAUACCACAACCUAUCGCAACAAUGGCGGAGAACUACAACUCAAUGACCUCGUCGCUGAGCUCAAUGACGUCAACCUGUUUACAGCAACGCGAUGGCUAUCCAUAUAUGUUUCAUGAUCCACUUGCGUUGGGCUCCGUGCCUUAUGCAGCACACGCACGAUCAUCCUGCAAUCCCGCCGCGGCGCAUCAACAGCCUCCACCACAGCAUGCAUCGGUAUAUGGCGGCGGUCCAGCAAGUGCUACUGGAAGUACAGGUGUCAUUUCGGCCGGCGUAUCUGUACCCGUGCAAAUACCCGCACAAAGCGCUAGCGAUCUAACCAGCACCAAUUACUGGCCCCGUCUACAGUGAUCUACACUGUUACUAACACAGUCGGCAACUGCCUCAGUGGCCAA